GGUUCCUAAGAAAUUCAUUCAUUUUCACUUAAGAGGCUGUGGAAAAUUCUUUGCCUUGUCUUGAAGGCUUUUCGGGGGUGUUUCCACUAGGCAGGAGAGGGCGUGAGGGAGGGGGGGGGUCCCAGAAAUCGCAAUAAUCAGAAAUAGAAUCAGUAUAAAAAAAAAUGGUGCCCUGUGUCCUGCUACAGAUUUAUUACGUGAAAGUGGCAAUCAUUUUGUGUUGUUUUGCAAAGUGAAAAAAAAAAACAGCAUUUAUGCUCAAAAGUGUCAUUCCACAUAAUGAGUAUGUAGAAGGGCACUUUUCAAAAUCGUGCACACUGUAUUAUUUUAACUUUGUAACCAAUUAUCUUAGUUGCUUGCUGGGUAAUAUGAGCUAUAAUGAUGCAAUUUAUCACCAGAUGAAUAAAAAAAACUACAGCUUUAAAAACUGGGGGGAGCGACUGGUGCCACCUCCACCCCACCAGACACGCCCCUGCUGUGGUUUAACCAGGAAGACCAAGGGAUUAGAAGAUUUAAGGAUGCACAACAGUUAUAUUUUCAAGGUUUGGCAGGCAGAGGCAGAAACUUUGUCAAAUUAAAAGAGCAAUGUUCCUUGUCUAAUCGUUAAAAAAAAUAAAAAAUCAUGGAGAAAAUCACAAAGUCUAGCUACAAUACAAAAGAUGAUAAUUAGGACACUUUUGUGAUGAUUUUCUACACACCAAAGAUUAGUGCCAAUAAACUCUCAACUGCUGGCAGGAAUUCGUUCGGUCAGAGCUCCAUUCACAUGUCUUUGAACAAGCUUUACUUGGACUGUUGGGAAAUUAUGUAUUUGGUGGCCGGGGAUGACUGAGUGUUUCUGUUCUUUGUCUCCACAGAUGUCAAUUAUCAGAGGACUCACAGUUUUGGCUGCUGGCCCUUUAAUCUCACUGUUUGUUCACUGAACUUUCAGAUUUGGCUUUGGAUUUACCUCUUUCUGUGUUUUACUCAAAUGGCAGUUUCUAUAAUCUACCAGGGGAAGUUUCCUGGGAAGGCAUGACAUGAGAAACACACACAUCCAUCUCAGUGGGACUGCACAAUGAAAGCUCCAUGGGGUUGGGCCAUUUCUCCCCUUCUCUAUAAAUGUCUAACGCUAACAGCAUCCUCCUCAGAUUAUAUUAAGGUUGUGAAGCUCCCACACUGAUCUAAAGGCUGACAAGUUGUUGCCUGAUCUUGUGAAACAAUGGAAGAGUUGAUUGAAUCCAUCAUCAGAGGACUCAUGUUUAUUGCAGGGAUCCUGGGAAACAACUGGCUGGCUAUAUGCUCCCUGCCCAGGCACAAAUCCAGCAUCCGCACAAACGAGGUCCUUUUCAUCAAUCUGGCCAUCUCCAACCUCAUCACCAACUACCUGGUGGACCUGCCUGACACCAUGGCAGAUUUUGCUGGGCGAUGGUUCCUGGGGGAGACCUACUGCGGAGUGUUUUGCUUCUGUGCCGGCCUCUCUGAAACCAGCAGCAUCUUCACAACCUUCUUCAUCAGUGUUUUCUGGCACCAGAAGCUGGUCGGCUCCCUGAAACGAGGCGGCGCACCGGUGCAGAUGGACAGCCUGUGCCUCGUGGGCUGUCUGCUUGCUGGGAGCUGGACGGUGGCUGUGGUUUUCAGCGUCCCACACUUCUUCUUCUUCACACUGGAGGGGGCAAAUGACAGCCAUGAAGACUGCAUAGAGAUCUUCCCUAAUCCAAAUGCUAGGCAAACAUAUGAAGCAAUUUAUUUAACCCUGGCUAACGCUUUACCUAUGGCUGGGAUUGUAUUCGCCAGCGCCCAGAUUGUCAUCACUCUGCUUCAAAACCACCAACGUAUAAGGAGUCAUAACUCUGAUCAAACCAAGGAGAUGGUUAAAGAGGAACGAAAGAGGUUUGAGAGCAAACGCAACAAGGCGUCAGUCAGCAUCAUCUCUGGUCCAACCAGCUCAAAAGAUCUCAGAGAUUCUACAUCUACAAACCACAUUUAUACAGGUGUGCCUGCUCCUUCCUCUCCAAACCGCCAGCCAUCGGGCCAUAGUCUCCGCAACGCUCCCCAGAACUGCAGCGUUGGAGCUCAGCCAAAUCUCUCGAGGCCCUCUCAGAUACCAUCUAAACCCCAUCCGAACUCGAGCACUCAGGUGAGAGCGGCCAAGAGCGUGGUGGCUGUAGCCAGCGUGGUGCUGGUAUGCUGGCUGACUCAUUUGCUUCUGCACAUUACUAACAACAUCCACACUUCAUCAAUAGUAGUGGAGGUGUCCAGCUACAUCGCAGCCUCCUACACGUGCAUCAUUCCCUACAUCUUCCUGCACGGAGUGAAAAAACUCACUUGCUCAUCCAAAAGAUAAAAAUGACUUCCAGCUCUUUCUCUUGAUCCUCAGUGUACUCUCUUUUUACUCAGCUGUCCAACACAUUAUAUCAAACUGCUUCACUGUUUAUUCAUACAUUUUAUUUCUCCUGCACUAUAAAAGGCUAGAUCCAAAUCGGUCAGAGAACAUCGUUUUACAAAGUGGACAUAGAAGUCAGAACUCAGACCUAUUUUAAGCAAAUAUUUUGAAGGCUUUGCAAUGCCCACAGCUGCCUCUACACUUCUGAGAGAAGCACGAUAUAUUCAAGACCUCCUGACUAUCAUUUAAAGAGUGGAAAAUUCAAUAUGACAAGUGGCCCUCACCUACUUAGAACAAGCUCUCUGGUGAUUUCAGAGUGACAGAGUGUAAAUGGUUUCAAUGUGACUGGUUGUACGUGUACAGAAGGUACUGUCAUCUUUAUUGUAUCCGAGAUUACAUCAUCACAAAUAAAAGAUGGCAUUUGGCUUGUUCCAAUAGUUUGCCAUAUGUUCAGUUUGCUACUUCUCAGCUAUAAAAACACAUAUCUGACAAUCAUGUGUCUAAAACAAUCAAAUGGAAAAUGUUUACACAUACUCAAGGAAAACCCUGUAUUUGUUCUGGCUUAGUUUUCUACAAAAACAUUUAAGCAUUAGGAAAACACUAUAAAGAUGCAAACCUUCAGACAUUUUCCCCUCACAGACAUUAUGCAUGGCUUACUAUGCUGGAGCAUGUCCAAGUAUACCAACAAAAAUCAACCCAACAUCAGGUCAAAAUCAGUUUAUUUCUCAUGAGGCUAAGAAUUAAAACACAAUUGUGUACUCCAGCACACAGCUAAUUGUAAUUUAGCAAUUACUGCCUUGUAGGGCUGAUGUUUCUAAGAAAGCAUGAGUGCGGGAUUCAAUUAAAGAUAAUUAUGUAAACAGUGUCACAUCCACCCAAAGCAAUUAAAUGCCCCUUUCUGCUGAUAAUUUGUAAAGUUUCACACAGAUAUAUUUCAACCAAGAACAUGUGUGUCUAGUUCACAGACACAGUUUCUGUGUAGUGUUUUGAAAACAUCCUCAAAAGUGCUGUUUUAUUUCAUUAAAAAUGAGUUUUAUUUAUUUUUCUUCCAAGUGGGCCAGAGUUUGCAGUGUUAAAAAAUCAUUCUGCUUUCAAAACAAUCACAAAAAAGCACUCACACACAAUGGCACUGUUAAAUCUAACGCCCAAGCAGACAAAACAUUCAUUGUAAUUAAUAAAAUGAAAUGUGUAAAUGACUUGCGGCAGAAAAGACGGCAUUAUGGCCAAGUUAUGUACAUAAUUACAACAUAUAAAACUAAACUGUUGGCAGACAGGCAAUAGAACAAUCAAAAUCAUUCCCCUGUGAAGAAAUGGCUUCAGUCGGGGACAUUUUACCAGAAAAAUCAACCCUGCAUUUCCACUAUAACCAA